UAAAGUAAGGAGUUAUGAACAAGUUAUCUGCCUUGCCUUGAAUUUUGUGAAAAUGGCCCAAAACUAUGGCUUCCUUGUCUGCAUUCUUGUCUUGGUGUUGGAUGUUGCAGCUGGCAUACUUGGAAUUCAAGCAGAAAUAGCCGAAAACAAGGUUAAGGAGUUGAAGAUGUGGGCACUGGAGUGUAGAGACCCCAGCUUCGGAGCCUUCAAGCUAGGAGUUGCUGCUUCCGUUCUCUUGGCCUUUGCUCAUGCAUUUGCUCACUUGCUUGGUGGGUGCAUUUGCAUGCGCUCAAAAGAAGAAUGCGAAAGAGCCACAGCCAAUAGACAAUUAGCAGUGUCUUUUUUCUUGUUAUCAUGGAUGGUUUUGGCAAUUGGUUUCUCCUUGCUGAUAUUAGGGACCUUAGCCAACUCAAGAUCAAGAGAAUCGUGUGGAAUGUCAAAUCGUCGUUUUCUAUCGAUUGGAGGGAUUUUGUGCUUCGUACAUGGGUUGUUCACCGUUGUCUAUUAUGUCUCUGUAACUGCCACAAGGAGGGAAGAAAAGAGACAAGGAAACCCCAUUGUUAGCCACCCUUAAACACCAUUCUCUUUCUUAUACCAUCACACCAUCAUUAGAUAAGAAAUGUACCAUUUAACUUCUGAUUUUCAUUACACUGUUACAUGAAUGAGUAAUCACUUUAUUGUUUAGUAGACUUCCAUAUUUUUA